AUGUCUCCUGAGCAUGCCAUGGGCGGGAUUUUUUCCGAAAGGUCCGAUGUCUAUAGCUUUGGAGUGUUCCUUCUGGAGAUCGUUAGCGGCAAAAAGAACACAGCCCUUUAUGACCAGGGCCAACAUCUGAAUCUCCUUUCCCUCGCGUGGCAAUUAUGGAGUGAUGGAAAAGCAUUCGACCUAACAGAUGAAGCAAUUGCUGUUAGCUCUCCAUGGGAGGUAAUAAGAUGCAUCCAUGUUGGGCUUCUCUGUGUUCAGGACCAUCCCACAAACAGACCAGACAUGUCGAAUGUGGUUCUGAUGUUAAGUGGCGAGUCAGAUCUGCCUCAGCCGAGACAGCCUAUAUUCACUUUCCAAGCCGAAAUGCCAGAUCGUUCUAUUCCAUCACAGGAAGAAAGCAUCUGGUCUGUUAACACUGUCACUGAUACAUUGGUCGAAGGAAGAUGACGGCUAUUUUUUUUCUUCAUUUUUAUUUUGCUUGCUUUGGAGAAGAUUUUGAUGCUGCUUUCUAAUAUAUUAGUGUUUAUUCAAUUCAAGUAUGGCUU